AUGAAUACUUUAAAAAAGUAUAUAUAUUUGAUUUUUCUUAAAUUUAAUCAUUAUUUUCAAGUUUUAUAUUUUUUCUACCUUUCUAGUGGUAGUUUUAUAAUUCUUUUUCAGUCAUACAUCAUAUUAGAACGAUAUUACAAUGAUAAUUAUCAUAGAUUUUUCUGUCUAUUAAUUUUUUUAUGUGGUUUUGUGUCUUUUUUAAUAUGUUCAUUAAGUGAUUCAGGAAAAAUAUGCAAUAGUUACUUGGAUAAGCACUUCAAAUAUUAUCCAUAUGAUGAAAUUAUUUUCCACGAAAACUCAGAAUGUGAAACUUGUAAAAUUAAAAAGCCUGCAAGAAGUAAGCAUUGUAAAUAUUGUUCUUCAUGCAUAUCUCGCUAUGAUCAUCAUUGUUUUUUGUUAAAUAAUUGUAUUGGUGGAUAUAAUAAAGUUUAUUUUUUGAUUUUUAUAUAUGUAAACAUUGUAAUAACCUUUUACUCUUCUUAUAUAACUUCUCUUAGUCUAUGUAGUGUAAUAAAAUAUGAGAAUCUCUUUAAUGUUACUUUUAUAAAUAAAGAAACAAAUAAAGUUUUAUCAAAUUCAUAUUUAACAAUUGCUAAAUAUUUAUUUUCUGAGUAUAGUGCUACAUUCUCCCUAUUUAUAAUAUCCUUUUUUUCAUUUUUCUGUAUACUUGUAUUUUUUCUGAGUGAAAUAUAUUAUAGUUUUUGCGUUAAUUUGACAAAUUAUGAAAAAAAAAAGUAUAAUAAAUUAAAAAAUAGUCUUCACAUAAAUAAAAAUUUUUAUAAUAAAGGUCUUAUAAAGAAUGUGAACGAUGUAUUGUUUUAUAAAAAAAAUAUUGAAGAUUUUCUUAAAAAAAGUUCAUGA